GCAAAAAAUCCCAAUUGCCACCAGCAGAGGAAAGAAAACAAGACGACCAUGUCUAUGAGCAAGCAAUGGACGCGGGUGCGGACGCUCGGCCGCGGCGCGUCGGGGGCAGAGGUGUUCCUCGCGGCGGACGACGCUUCGGGCGAGCUCUUCGCGAUCAAGUCCGCCGUCGGGGCGGCGUGCGCGGCGGCGCUCAGGAGGGAGCAGAUGGUGAUGGCCGGCCUGAGCUCCCCGCGCGUCGUAUCCUGCAUCGGCGGCCGCGGCGCCCGCGACGGCUCCUAUCAGCUCUUCCUCGAGUUCGCCCCCGGCGGCUCGCUGGCGGACCAGGUGGCGAGCAACGGGGGCCUCGACGAGCGCGCCGUCCGCGGCUACGCGGCCGAUGUGGCGGCCGCGCUUGCGUAUCUCCACGGCGCUGGGAUGGUGCACGGGGACGUCAAGGCGAGGAACGUGGUGAUCGGCGCCGACGGCCGCGCCAAGCUCGCGGAUUUCGGGUGCUCGAGGAAGGCGGGCGCUGAUGUGCCGAUCAUCGGCGGCACGCCGGCGUUCAUGGCGCCGGAGGUGGCGCGCGGCGAGGAGCAGGGCCCCAGGGCCGACGUCUGGGCGCUCGGCUGCAUAGUUGUUGAGAUGGCCACCGGCCGCGUCCCGUGGAGCGGCAUGGACGGCGACGCGCUCGCGGCGCUGCACCGGAUCGGGUACACGGAGGCCGUUCCUGAGGUCCCCCAUUGGCUGUCCGCGGAGGCCCAGGACUUCUUGGCCAGGUGUCUUGUCAGGCAGGCCAGCGGCCGGUGCACGGCGGCGCAGCUGCUGGAGCAUCCGUUCUUGGCCGCCGCCGUCAUCGACGCGAACCCAGAAGCCGUGAAGAGCAAGUGGGUGUCGCCCAAGAGCACGCUCGACGCUGCAUUCUGGGAGUCGGAGUCCGACACCGACGAGCCGUCGCACGGCGCGGCCGAGAGCAGGAUCAGAGCAUUGGCCUGCCCUGCGUCGGCGCUCCCGGACUGGGACUCGGACGAGGGCUGGAUCGAUGUGCUCUCCGGGCCAACAGAAGCGCCUGUCGCCGCGCCGGCCAAGGUGACGACUGGCACCACCGUGGAGGACGUUAUCACCAGUGACGCAGAGUCCGGCGCUCUCGACAUUACCGUGGACGUGGAGCACAGCAGCGUGCUCAACGCAGGACAAGAGGCGCACGAUGAUGAGGAUGAAUCAGUAGUAGGGCACACUAGGCACCAGCCCUCGGAGAUUCUAGAUUCUCACCAGGUAGUGUCAUGUAAAUUGUUACUGUUAUGUAGCAACAGAAUCAGUAAUGCAAUCGAAUUUGUUCAUCAUGCCAAAGCACUCUGCUUCGCUAGCGCUACUCCUCUGUUUCUCUGCUCAUACUCGUGCUCCCCGUUGCGACACGAUUGA